GAAAAGUCGCUUUGCCAUCCCUACAUGAUGUUCCCGCCCUAACUAUUCCUACCAUGCGCAGUUAACACCCUUGUAUAGAUCCACAGUCGUAGCCAGGACGUCGGACAGGACAGACCAUGUACCGUAUCAACAUGGGGAUCACAGCAUUACUAGUGCUGACCUGCCUCGGGUCAGGCUACGCUUGGGGGGGUCUGUUCAACCGCUUCAGCUCUGACAUGCUGGCCAAUUUGGGGUACGCGAGGUCCCCGUACCGUCACUACCCAUAUGGACAGGUGGAACCCGAAGAGAUCUACGCGGAGGCCCUUGAAGGCAACCGCAUAGAGGACGCUGAUGAGACCCACUGCUAUAGCUCCCCCUGCAUCACCAACGGGGACUGCUGCCGUGGCCUCAUGUGCUUGGAGACAGAUGAAGGCGGGAGAUGCCUGCCGGCGUUUGCUGGUCGAAAACUUGGGGAGAUAUGCAACCGUGAAAACCAAUGUGACGCCGGGCUUGUAUGUGAGGAGGUUCUGCCAGGUGAGAUGCACGUCUGCCGCCCGCCCACCGCCGGCCACAAGCAGUACAACGACGAUUGUACCACGUCCAGUGAGUGUGACGUCACACGGGGCCUAUGCUGCAUCAUGCAACGCCGUCACCGACAGAAGCCGAGGAAGAGCUGCGGAUACUUCAAAGAGGCUCUGGUAUGCAUAGGCCCUGUAGCCACCGACCAGAUCCGCGAAGCUGUCCAGCACACGGCUGGUGAAAAGAAUAUCGGCGUCUUCAGAAUGCACUAAUUUCUCUUUCGGAGUAAAAUGAACAACCCAUCCUUGAAAUUACUCCAACUGUUCAUUCUACUCUUACGGAUUGUUCAUUUAUGAAUCGAAAUGUUCGUUCACUUUGUUCCUUUCUCUCAUGAAUCACGAUGAACAUUUUUAUUCAUAAAUUUUACAUUGCCAAAAAUGGUACAGUUAUAGAAAAUUUAUAAGAUUUGAUUGAACUGUAUCAUUUUCUUGAUCACUCGUUGAUGUAUUAUUCAUUAAUUAACAUUACAGAUGGAAUAUUUUUGACUACCAUAUUUCGUAACAGAUGAAUAAUUUGGUAUUUUUUUUCACAGAAAGCACAAGAUUAAUGAAUAAUAUGUCAAAUUAAGGUCUACAUAAUGAAUCAUCGCUUUGAAAAACGGUCAACUGAAAGUCCUUUUAUUUAUUUAAAAUUACAAAUAUAUAGUAGAAAAAAAAGAGGUUUUAUUUUCAAUUAUUGUCAAAUUGCUCUAGACAUAGUCAUUUAGAUGUAACAUUUUAAUUAUUCUAUAUCUUAUGAAUGUUGUUAAAUAAUAGAAUAUAUAUGUGUUUAAUCUUUAAUAAAUUUAAUAAUAGAACGUGAUAAGUCUUCAAAUUUAAUAUAUCCUGGCUGAGGCAUUUAUUAGAUUUAAAUAAUAUCGAUGUUGAUUCAAAUAAAAUAACAUAUCAUAUAGAUUUAUCGAUUUCUAGAAUAAGUUGGUGUAAAGAUUUUAUCUUUGCUUCUUUUAUUAAUAAUUAUAAGUACAUAAAUAGGUUAGGUAUUUCACAAUGACGUUUUGACUAUGUGUGCAAUGUUGUAAAUGUGUGGGUUAUGGAUACAAUUCGCUUACUCAUAGUUAUACGUCAAAUGUGAAAAAAUAAAUAUACUGUCUGCUAGGUGCCUAGGUAAACGAUACAUAUCAUUGUUAUAUUUAAACGUAGAAAUAACAUUUAAAUACAUAUCAGAGACUAUCACCUAUGUUCGCGAUCUCGAAAAAGCGCGGGAAGACAUGUUGGUUUUUUCUUCUAAAAAAAAACACAAUGGAUAUUUCCCGCGUAUUUUCUAAGAUCGGGACGGCUUCCUUACCGUAAAAUGUUUGCCUAAUAACUGUGAUGGUGUAUUUUUCUGACAUUGAAAUAAUCUAUUUUUCUGCCAAAAUUUAACUGUUAAAGGUAUGAAAUAUCUUCUGAUCGUUGAUUCAAGGUUGGGCCUAAGCUUCGGACAUAGAAAUAUGGUCGCCGAUAAUCUUGACAUAGUAUUAAGUCCUCAUAUUACUUGUAUUGAAUAAUAUGUGUUAUAUUAAAUGAAUUAU